AUGGCUUCUGAGGGGUCGUCUACAUGCCAUGCGGUACUGAGACCGGCAACUCGUCUGGUUGAGGUAGCUCGACAAACAGUGCCAUCCGUCUCGGAGCAGCAUGUUGCUAGUCAUCUGCAGUCCACCAGCCAGCAACUUUCCACACAGUUGGCCGAGCUACGGGUUGCUCUUAACAAUGCGCAACAGCUUAAUUUCGAGAUGCAGCUGACACAUUCGGAAGAUCUAAUUCGGGAACUGGACAACGAACUGAUCGAGAUUGGACGUGCCGCGCAACGUGGCCAGCUUACAGCGGUUCCCGGGGAAUCCUUCGAAACAGCAACCUCGAAAUUGACUGGAGCUUCUAGACAGGUACUUUUUUUGUUUAUUUGCACUGGAAAAGCCGUUCUGAAAAAUGACUGA